ACAAAUUCCCCUAGGUUGGCAGCACUGCCACACGUGCGCAGAUGCAUCGGUCAGAGGAACAGUUGUUGAGGUUAAAAGUAUCAACCGAAUCAUCAUAAAGCAAAGCCGCUAAUUCUAAAAUAUGGUGCAAGUGAUCGAGAGAAAUUCUAAAUGACGUGGUACUUUGGUAAUACAUGCCUACGCAGAAAACUUUUGCGAUACUUUGCAAAUACUCGAGAAAUGUCGAAGCAGGGUUCAAAGAAAGCUGGAAAGACUAAAAAAGUAGCGGUCACUGAGGAACCGAAGGGACCCAUCGGUACGGAUAAAAGUGGAAAUGUUACUAUAAAAAUUCAAGCAAAACCUGGAGCGAAGCAUAACAAUAUAACCGAUAUUUCCGAGGAUGCUGUAGGGGUUGCAAUUUCGGCACCUCCUGUCGAAGGCGAAGCAAACACGGAACUCGUGAAAUAUUUAGCUUCCGUUUUGGGAAUGAGAAAAUCCGACGUGUCUUUAGACCGAGGCUCUAAAAGUCGGCAGAAGGUUAUUCUAGUGUCUGGGACCACCGUGGAGAAAGUUUUGGAGAAAUUGAAAGGAGAGAUGGGGACUUGAAAAUAAUUGUAAACUUUCUGUAUUAUACUCUCUUUUCACGAGUCAUAUUUAUCAUACAUAAAUAUGGCAGUUUCGUCGAUGUGAACACGUAAUUUUAUACAUCUUGUAAAAAUAUUUUGUUAAUAAUAACAUUAAUUUCGGCAGUUAAAUAAGUACCUAAAAGCUUCGCUAAUAA